AUGUCCGCCUUCCUCCAAGCCUAUAGCGCGCUCUCCGCCUCGUCUCCACGCUCCCAGGUCUCGUCCGUGCUCCAGUCGGUCACAGAUGCUUUUCCAUCUCAGAUCGACCCAGCGACCCGCAAGCAGUUGGUGCAGACAAUCCUCGAUGACCUUACGCGAUGCUCCUCUCAGAACGGCAAGAAAACAACGCUGACGUCAAAAGAAGCACUUCCUGCUCUUUUGGCCGUGAAGACUCUCGGCAAAGACCCCGCUGGUUCGGAGGUCAUAUCCUCUGCCUCCAACCUCUCAUCAUUAAUCGCACUGUCACAUACCUACAAGGAUAACCUGGACGCGUCGAACGAGGCCCUUCGCUGUGUCGCAAACGCGCUGCUCCUAAUCACCGAGGCACGGAUCACAUUUAUUGAGAAGGAGGUAGGUGGCGGAGAGGUCUGCGUGGCACUUCUCGAAAAAUCCACGCUCCCCGAGCGUAUUUUCCUUGCCUCUCGGAUUCUCUUCCUGUGCACAGUCUCGAUGGGCUCAUCGGGAGACUACAUCAAGGGACUUGUAGAAGCAAGGCCGCCUGGGCAUUCGGGCAACAUUAUUGAAGUAAUCGGAAUGAGACUUGACGGAUUGACGAGGAAUAUUCUGAGCAGUGCUAAGCUAGCACGAGAAGCUAUGACCGAUCUACUCAAGUUCACUUUUAAUAUCCUACUUCACUAUCCUAAGAUUGUCGACGAAUCUGAAGGGGACCCUGAUUCCAAAGUCAUGGGUGAAUGCUGGAGCGACCGACUCGAUAAUAUCCUGCCACCGCUAAUUCGAACAUUUGUUACGCUUCCGAGUUCAUCCCCUGUGCCUCUUGAUGCGCCGAUGUCUCAUGUAAUUCAUGCCCUCAUCACGAUCCCCGUAACUCCAACUCUUCGCCCCAAAUGGUUUCCUACCGGUUCCAGCCGUGGAUCUCCUCGCCCCUCUACAUCAAAACGGUCUCCCGACUCACCGACAGGCAGCCCCGAUAUCUCGGGCAAGGGUCAGUUGCCCCUGAGCGCAAGCAGCAGCAGCAGCAACUCCCCAACGUUUGGACCAACCAAGGACGGAAAACACGGAGCGUUCGAUCGCGCAAUCUCCGCGCUGACCGCCGGUCGGCGGUUCUCGCGCUCGCGCUCGCCGCAUCCAGGAUCGCGCUCUGACGUGCUCCAGCGCGCGUACGACCUGCUCGACAGCGCCCUCGCGCACUUCCUACCGGGCACAGUGGAUCCGGACGACGCGAGCGUGCGGGUACGGUGCAAGGACGAGGCCGGCGCGAGCCUCGACGACGUCAUGCUCCCGCUCGUGCUCCUGCUCACGAAGCUCUGCGCCGCGGACGAGGCCGCUCGUGCCCGCAUGCGCGAGCGCAUCCUCCCUGAUGACCUCGACCGCACAUCGCCGCUCGAGGGCCGGCCCGACCUCCUCGGCCGCUGCCUGCGCCUCCUCGCGUGCGCGUACCACACGCGGCUCAAGCCUGCCGUCGGUGAGAUGCUGUACGCAGUCUGCGAUUCCGACGCGGGCACGCUGGCGUCGUAUGUCGGGUACGGCAACGCCGCGGGCUUUCUCUUCCACAAGGGAGUGACCGCCGCGCCUCCACGCCCGACGACAUCGAACGUCCCGGUCGCGACUACCUCAGGCAUGCCUAUCAACCCCAUCACGGGCGUCGCGGAGGUACCGCGAGAGGCGCCGGAGAUGUCGAACGAGGAGAAGGAGCGGGAGGCAGAAAAGCUCUUUGUGCUCUUCGACCGGCUCGAGAAGAGUGGCGCAAUCCCGCCGAGCCAGAACCCGAUUCGCAAAGCUGCCCAGGACGGCAAGCUGGGCUGA